CGCUAUGGAGGCAAAUGGGAGCCAAGGCACCUCGGGCAGCGCCAACGACUCCCAGCACGACCCCGGUAAAAUGUUUAUCGGUGGACUAAGCUGGCAGACCUCACCAGAUAGCCUUAGAGACUAUUUUAGCAAAUUUGGAGAAAUUAGAGAAUGUAUGGUCAUGAGAGAUCCCACUACGAAACGCUCCAGAGGCUUCGGGUUCGUCACGUUCGCAGACCCAGCAAGUGUAGAUAAAGUAUUAGGUCAGCCCCAUCAUGAGUUAGAUUCCAAGACGAUUGACCCCAAAGUUGCAUUUCCUCGUCGUGCGCAACCCAAGAUGGUCACAAGAACAAAGAAAAUAUUUGUAGGCGGGCUGUCUGCGAACACAGUAGUGGAAGAUGUCAAACAGUAUUUCGAACAGUUUGGCAAGGUGGAGGAUGCAAUGCUGAUGUUUGAUAAGACCACCAACAGGCACAGAGGGUUUGGCUUUGUCACUUUUGAGAAUGAAGAUGUUGUGGAGAAAGUCUGUGAGAUUCAUUUCCAUGAAAUCAAUAAUAAAAUGGUAGAAUGUAAGAAAGCUCAGCCGAAAGAAGUCAUGUUCCCACCCGGGACAAGAGGCCGGGCCCGGGGGCUGCCGUACACCAUGGAUGCUUUCAUGCUCGGCAUGGGAAUGCUGGGCUACCCCAACUUUGUGGCAACCUAUGGCCGAGGCUACCCCGGAUUUGCUCCUAGCUACGGUUACCAGUUCCCAGGCUUCCCGGCAGCUGCGUAUGGACCAGUGGCGGCGGCGGCGGUGGCGGCGGCGCGAGGAUCAGUCCUGAAUAGCUACAGUGCUCAACCGAAUUUUGGCGCGCCCGCUUCCCCGGCAGGCUCCAACCCGGCGCGGCCCGGAGGCUUCCCGGGGGCCAACAGCCCAGGACCUGUCGCCGAUCUCUACGGCCCUGCCAGCCAGGACUCCGGAGUGGGGAAUUACAUAAGUGCAGCCAGCCCACAGCCGGGCUCGGGCUUCAGCCACGGCAUAGCUGGACCUUUGAUUGCAACGGCCUUUACAAAUGGAUACCACUGAGCAGGUGCUUCCGUUGCCAUCUCACUCUGAGAGCAUACCUGGAUGUCCAGGCAAGACUGGGCGAAGUUUCUGAGUGGCCCUUUGUUUAGGUGAUGUCCUCAGACCUGGACCCCCACCAGCCUCACUCCUCAUCCCAGCCAGAGGUGGCUCACUUCGGAUUGAGGGCUGAUUACAUCUCAUCAUCUCACGAAUCUGCUGUAAUAUAAGACAACAGCUUUGAAAAGUGUAUAUAACCCAUGAUUUUGGUUUGGUUUGGUUUUCUUUUUCUUGGUGGUCUCCCUUCCCCUUCUCUCUGCCUCUUCUCCUUUUAAAUCUCUUUGAAUCACAUUUGGUAGUGAUUUUGACUUCGUAGGGUAGUCACCUAGCUUUAAUAUCUAGUUCAAAGCUAACCAUAGUAUAAUUGUUAUAUUAAGGAGGUUUUUUUUUUUCCUUAUUAUUAUUUUUGGCUUGUUUUGAUUCUGUUCUUGCUUUUAAAGGAUGCUGAGAUGGUGAUAUCGCUCUCCAUCUUUGGUACCCAUUCUGAGACUAUGAAUUUUCAGGUGGAACUUUUAGCACAUACUGAAGCAAAGAUGUGAAGUAUGGAGCGGGAGGCGAGCAUAAACUUCUAUUUUACAUUGUAGAAGUGACAUGUAGAUGGCUACUUAACAGACUCUCUAGCAGUUCUUUUUUGGUGAUGUCUCUUUGUUAACCUAAGUAUAUCUAUUUUCGGCAAUAAGGUAAGGACGACCAUGUUUUGAGUGUCCUCCUUUUCUAUAAGUGCUUUUUUCUGUUGAAAGAGGUCAUAUUAUAAGGUUUUUUGAAAUUGUGAAUUCUAAAAACAAAAACAAAAAAAAACCAACAAAAAAAGAGAAAUGUUGUAAAUAUAAUUCCAUUAACUACAUAGAAACUAUUAAGAAAGAGAGAAUCAAAAAUAUUUUUGUGAGGGAGUCGGUCCCAGGCAGUUUGAUGCUCUGGAAGGAGGGGAGGGAACAGUGACAAGCCGGUGCUGCAACUGCAGAACACCCAGCUGCCAGGCCGACCCCGGACUCGAACUCGUGAGCCGCUCAGCUUCUUUGUUGUGUAUAGACCUAAGAACUGUAUUAGUGUCCUACCAGCCUGCCAACUCUCAUCUGUGCACAGCUUCCAGUGUUAGGGUCUAGCUAGAUUUUUAUUUAAAAUAUGAACAACUGCUUUUCCCAAGGUGUUUUUUUAGGGGGGAAGAAAAAGCUACAAUUUUAAUAUUUAACAUAUUUAAAGUUUCAAAGCACACCUGUUGGCUUGGGGGAGGGGCAGGGCAGGGACAUUCUUUUUUCAGUCUUAAUUUUUAAAUAUUUGAUCAUUUUCUAUCGUCCAAUCAUUUCAGCACCUCCAAAGGUUCCUAGGACACUUUGCCUCUCUUCCUUUCCACUCCCCCCCACACCUACCCCCACAUCUGGGGGCCCAUGGGCCUGGAGAGGAUAAGCCUGCAUGAACACAGCCUUUUUCUCCAUCCACUUUCUAUUUACAAAUUAGGAAAGCACCCUUUUGAUUUAUAUAUAUAUAUAUAUAUAUAUAUAUAUAUAUAUAUAUAUAUAUAUAUAUAUAUAUAUAAUUAUUUUUUAAUACCUCAGUGCUGCAAGUAUCACCAGAGAGGCUAUGGAAGAAUUUUUUUUUAAUUUAUUGUAGAUGUAAACAGAAUUUUAAAAAUAAAAAGUCUAAACAUCACUGCACUGUGACUGGUGGGAAAAACUGACAGUUUCCUGUUUGCACAUGUUGAACAUCUGGCUGUUAUAAUAUAUGGUCCUCGAUUGGGGAGAGACACUUAAGAUGAAGGAUAUUUUUAAUUUAAUUUUUUUUAAAUGUUGGUAAUAGGUCGGCAACAGCAACUAUAGAAGUACAACUCAAUAGAUGGCAUUAAAAAACAUAUUGUAGUGUGGAUAUAUAUUUUUUUCUUUUUUAAAAAUGUGAUAUUGACGUUUUAUUAAUAUUUUUUAAAUUGUUACGUUUAUAAAUUUGGUACUUAAGGCACAGCCAGUAUGAGACACUGAAUGCGACAUUUAUUAUAAAGAGCUGCUGCACUCCUAUUUUUAUAAAUUUUACUAACAAAGUAGACUAAUGUAGACAUUCACAGACAUGGUAGGGCAAAAGCAUCUUCAAAGUAAAAGUCUCCAAAAUGCUAAUUCAGAAAGAAAAAAGGCCUGCUUUGAUUCUAAUUAAACAACAACAUAUUUUUGUUAAAGAAAGAAAAUCAUGUUAUUUGUAUUUCCAGUAAAAUACUAGGUUAUUUGGUAAGGUUUGGGGUGGUUUUUUUUUCCCUUCAUCCCUUCCUCCCUUCCCUUCCUCCCCUCUCUUCUCCCCUUCUUCCUUCUCUCUUUCCUUCCCUCUUUCCUUCUUCCCUCCUUCCUUCCCUCUCUCUCUCCAUUCCUUCCUCCAUCUUUCCUCCUCCCUCCCUUUCUUUCUUCCUUCUUUUCUUUUUCUACUUCCAAACAACCAAAUUAAGUAAAAUGCUGGAUGCUUUUUAGAAAUAUCAAAAUUUGCUCAAGUUAUAAAAUAACAAAAUAGCAUUUUAUUUAAAAACCAAAAGGCACUAAGUUCCCAGAAAUUCCUUGUCUAGUUAGGAGAUUAAUUUCUCUUUUGUCCAUGUUGGUGGUGUCCUGUAUUCCCUGUCCUUUUCUCUGCACCCCAUCACCUCAUAGAAGACCCUUUGUUGACCAUUGUCUGUUAAUAAUGUAUAAAAUGACUAUCUUGUAAGUGUGCUGUCCUGGUACUAGCGUAGUGACUUUUUUUCUCCUCUUUCUUCUAGUACAUAUGAUAGGUAUAACGUAAUUAAGGUUUAAAAAAAUUAGACAUAGUUAUUCAGAUUUAGGACCAGUAAGGAUAGAACUUUCUCUUAUUUAUGAAAAGAAAAUAAUGCUGAUAAUUUGGGGGCAGUUUUUUCCUUUAUUUUUUUUUUCAAGUUCAAGUUUAAUUUUAUUUUUGCUGAUCUGAUGUGGUUUCAACUAACCCAAGGUCUCACAAUGUUCAAAUGAUGGCCGACUCUACGGCGUUUUGUAGGUCCCCGCCCCCCUCUCUGUGAAGGGGCGUGCCAUACUACCUUAAAUGCAAACGCUAGAUAUGCAAAACUGGAUUUUUUUAAUUUAUUUUUUAAAAGAGGGAGGCGUGGUAUAUUAAAAUGAUUUUACUAAGAGAAAAAAAUAUUUUUUUAAGAAUGCUCAGAAGAAAUUGAUAAUCUGUGUGAAUAUGUUUUAGAUGUUUAUAUACCUUUUGAAGAGACCCAGUAGCCCAUAGCACAAACCUUGUGGACAUCUGAUAUGUUUUCAAGUGGCUACCUAGGUUAAGGUUCACAUUAGUCCCCCACCUCAUCUAGAAAUCCAUUUUGAAUGAUUUUUGUAAAUUCUUUUCGCACUGAUGUCCAUCUCGGUCUUUGUUUCAGUUAAGCUCAAUGGCGAGUGUGGGAACCACCUUUCGCCUUCCCUGGGGUGGGGGGAACCCUCUGGGCUGAGGGCUCUUCCCUGGCAUUAUCAAGUAGUCACCAUGGGACUCUCUGGCUUCCAGAUCUAACCGCCUGAGACCCCCACCCACCCUCCCAAGCUCCCUCCCAACAGGGGAGGAGUGGCAAUGGCUCCGGGUCUCAUCCGCAUGUCAGCCUGAAUGUGGGACUGGAGGUCCAAGCCUGGGUCUCCUCCCCAGGAGCUUCUGCACGUGUGGUUCACGGCCUUCCUCACACCCAUUGGGAAAACCAAACAGCCUCAUACUCUAUCCUCAUCGCUCAUUGGCUUGAUUCAAACGAAGCCCACAACAGGCGUUUGUUGUUGUUUUUUUAACCCUUCAUAACCAUCAUCUUAAUUUGAACUUGUAGCUUGGGCUUUAAGGUAGCAUGGCUCAAUUGCUGUCGGCUUAAUGUUUCUCUGCACAGCAAUUCACAGCCCGUGAAUGUUACACACAUCUUGCUAGACUAGUAUAAAAAUCAUUGGGUAAUUGUUGGUUCUAAUGACCU